AUGCAGCUGCCCACCCCCGCCGGAUGGUAUGUAGAAGUGCCAGACGAGGAGGACGUUGAGUUCUCGGUGCGCCAUGCCUUCAGCUUGCCCAACUACCCCGCCGUCAGCAAGGUCUUCGUCGACGGCCAGCAGGCCUGCCGCUGGGAACUGAAGGACGCGACGCCGAGGACGGACCACGGCUUCUGGUGCGAGCAGCAGGGGUCGCUCAACGCCCACGUCCAGCCCUUCAAGCUGCAGAAGGCCCAGUUUGCAGACCCGUCGUCGGCUGAGUCCGACACCACGACCGCCAGUAGUAGCAGCAGCCGCACCGACAGCGAUGGAAGCGUCGGCACCAUCAUACUGCGCGCGUGGGAGGCGGCUCCGCGAAAGAUGAGGGGCUGCCGCAGCCCCUACAGCCAGGACCCGGCCACGUUCGUCCAGCACAGCGUGGACCCGGAGAAGAAGUCGGCCUUUGUCGAUCGCGCGGUGACCGUGGGCACGCCCUAUCGGACCAACCGCCGGUGGGUGGUCUGCGCCCUCCUGCGCGGUCGGCUCCUGGUCGAGCUCAAGCUUCACUACCGCACCCGCCGGUUCUUCGACAUCAUCCGAGGCCACAUCAGGUCACGAGGAGCGCGGGACGGUUCGCGUGAGGAAGAGGAGCCACAAAGCAGCGGUCAUAUCAAACACGAACAACUGGACGCGCCCAGCACAUUCACCAGCUUCGUGUGCCGGCUCGCCCGGAAAGAGGAGAUACCCGCCGCAGCGCUGCAGCCGCUGUUGAGCGAGCUGGCUGGCCGCGGGGUGUACACGGCGCACCAGCUGCAGAGCUUGACGCGCACCCAGUGGCGGGAGAUCAUGCACGCGGCGGGCAUGCCCGUGUCCCUGGCCCGGUCGGCCAUGAAGCUGGCCAGCCCGCCACCACCCACCGAGUUCGUCAUCAUCGACGAAUAA